GUAAAGCACUGCAUGUAGUGUAUGUUCAAAAAAGUGAGAGAAUAAUGGGUUUACAAUAUUUAUUUGUCAUAGCGGACAAAAUAAUUUAAUUGCCGUUCAGUAAGGUGUAGCAGAGUUUAGUUAAAAACAUGACACCAGCUACAAACUCAAUAGCAUCAUUCCUUCUGUUGGCGUCAGUGUUUCAAAACACCCAUGGUUACUCGGACGGAGCGCCUGAAGAGGUUUGCGAAACAUUGAUUCCGAGGCAUUUAAAACCACCACAGAACACAACUUCACCUUACAGAAUAGAACUCAGUACCUACGAGAUGAGUAGUAACCACAUCAAGUACAAUCCGAUCGGAGGAAAUCAAAUGAUGAACUUGACGCUCACCGGUCACCAAGCAUUCAAAGGAUUCAUCAUACAGGCCCGCAUGAAUGACAGAGUAGUUGGGAGGUUUGAGCCUACUCCAAAAUACUACCAGAUGUUGGACUGCUGUGAUGGAGUUGAGAACACUGCAACUCAUAUAGAGAAUGAUGUAAAAUCUGAAGUGGUAUUCAAAUGGGUUCCACCGACCAAAGUUGCUGGAAAAGUCUGGUUUUAUGCCAGUGUUGUCAGAAACUUCGACAUUUACUGGAUCGACAUCACAUCUGACCCAUUGGAGUUAACAAUGCCAGAUGCAAAUAAAUAAUAAUAGAAAAAAUUGUGUGUACC